CCCCAAAUGUAAAAGCUGCAGCCCUGGAACAGCUGAUGGCACUUGUUGACCAAACAUCAAUCCACGAACAUUUCAUUUCCUAAUUUACUUAUUUAAAUCAGUUUAAUAUGCUGGAAAAGGUUAAAAAUAUUAUCGUAGUGCUCUCUGGAAAAGGUGGAGUUGGGAAAUCUACAGUAAGCACCCAAUUAUCACUGGCACUGCGCAAAAAUGGAUUUAAGGUUGGGUUGCUGGAUAUAGAUCUGUGUGGCCCAAGUGUGCCAUAUCUUUUGGGACUAGAAGGACGUGAUAUAUUUCAGUGCGAUGAGGGAUGGGUUCCUGUCUAUACAGAUGAUACUCAAACACUGUCAGUGAUGUCCAUUGGCUUCCUUUUGAAGAACCGCGAGGACCCGGUCAUUUGGCGCGGUCCAAAAAAGACUUCGAUGAUCCGACAAUUCCUUAGCGAUGUCAGGUGGGAUGAAUUGGAUUACCUAAUCAUCGAUACUCCUCCCGGAACUUCGGAUGAGCACAUUACAGUUAUGGAGUGCCUAAAGGAGGUUGAAUGUCAUGGAGCCAUUAUCGUGACCACGCCGCAGGAGGUCGCUUUGGAUGAUGUGCGCAAGGAGAUAACGUUUUGCAAGAAAACCGGCAUAAAUAUUAUUGGCAUCGUCGAGAACAUGAGCGGGUUUGUGUGUCCCCAUUGCACCUCAUGCACAAAUAUUUUCUCCUCAAACGGUGGAUCUGAGCUGGCCGCGUACUGUCAAGUGCCACAUCUGGGAACUCUGCCCAUAGAUCCACGUGUGGGUGUUUUAGCAGGAAGCUCUGCUUCAGUAUUGGACGAGUUACCGGAUUCCACGACGGCUGAAGUGCUGCAAAAUAUUGUUGAGAAAUUGAAACCAAUUACGGUAACCUAAAUAAAACCAAAAAUAAAUUUUUAAA